AGACAAUUUUCCUUUGAAACUACUGUUCCAAAUCAGGGGUGAAAAAGAAGUUGCUUCAAUGAAGGGUAAGAGAGCACAUAGAGUCUGGGGGGACAAGAGGGCAGGACAAUGCUGCUGAAAGGAAUCUGAGCCACAGAGCAUGCUUUGUGCCACAGCUACCCAGGUGCUGAAUGCUGGCCCUACAAACUACUUUGUCGAUUAAGAGGAAACUGAUUGGGAACUGCAAGCCUCAGCUGUUUGGUAACACUGUUUCACCAUGCGCAAAGGGUGCCAAAGGACCCCAGAAAUAGCUGACCUGGUCUACAAAGAUAUCCUGAAAAGAAUCUUUGUGGGUUUACACGAAUUGGGGCAUGGAAGUUUCGGAGCAGUUUAUUUUGCUACAAUUCCCACACUAAAUGAGGUGGUGGCAGUCAAGAAAAUGUCCUAUAGUGGAAAGCAAACAAAUGAGAAAUGGCAGGAUAUCAUCAAAGAAGUUAAGUUUCUACAACAGCUGAAGCACCCCAACACCAUAGAGUAUAAGGGCUGUUACCUGAAGGAGCACACAGCAUGGUUGGUUAUGGAGUACUGUUUAGGAUCAGCUUCUGAUUUGCUAGAGGUUCACAAGAAACCACUUCAGGAAGUGGAGAUUGCUGCCAUCACCCACGGUGCCUUGCAGGGGCUGGCCUACCUGCACUCUCACUGUAAGAUCCAUAGGGAUAUUAAAGCUGGAAAUAUUCUUCUAACAGAACCAGGUCAAGUGAAACUAGCUGACUUUGGGUCUGCAUCUAUAGUCUCCCCUGCCAAUUCUUUCGUGGGAACACCUUACUGGAUGGCACCAGAGGUGAUCCUUGCUAUGGACGAGGGACAGUAUGAUGGAAAAGUGGAUGUCUGGUCUCUUGGGAUCACCUGUAUUGAGUUAGCUGAAAGGAAGCCUCCGCUUUUCAACAUGAAUGCAAUGAGUGCCUUAUAUCACAUAGCCCAGAACGAUUCCCCUACGUUACAGUCAAAUGAAUGGUCAGAUUCCUUUAGGGGAUUUGUUGAUGACUGCUUACAGAAAAUACCUCAGGAAAGGCCAUCAUCCACAAAUCUGUUACGGCAUGAUUUUGUUCGCCGAGACCGACCCCCAAGGGUGCUCAUAGACCUCAUCCAAAGGACAAAAGAUGCAGUCCGUGAGCUGGACAACCUUCAGUACCGGAAAAUGAAGAAAAUCCUUUUCCAGGAGACACGGAAUGGCCCACUGACUGAGUCUCAGGAAGAGGAGGAGGACAGUGAGCAUGGAUCAAACCUGAGUAGGAAGAUGGACAGUCUGGGCAGCAACCAUUCCAUCCCAAGCAUGUCUGUGAGCACAGGCAGUCAGAGCAGCAGUGUCAGCAGCAUGCAGGAGGUCCUGGAUGAGAGCAGCCCUGAACUGGUCAUGAUGCAUAGUGAUGAGAGCACAAUUAAUUCCACUUCCUCCGUUGUUCAUAAGAAGGAUCAUGUAUUUAUAAGGGAUGAGGUGGGCCACAGGGAUCGCAGGCCUGAGGUGCGGCCUACCCAGUCAGUGCAGAAUCAGGCCCUCCACUACCGGAACCGAGAGCGCUUUGCCACAAUCAAAUCAGCAUCUUUGGUUACAAGACAGAUCCAUGAGCAUGAGCAGGAGAACGAGUUGCGGGAACAGAUGUCAGGAUAUAAGCGGAUGCGGCGCCAGCACCAGAAGCAGCUGAUCGCCCUGGAGAACAAGCUGAAGGCUGAGAUGGACGAGCACCGCCUCAAGCUGCAGAAGGAGGUGGAGACACAUGCCAACAACUCGUCCAUUGAGCUGGAGAAGCUGGCCAAGAAGCAAGUGGCUGUGAUGGAGAAAGAGGCAAAGGCAGCUGCAGCAGAUGAAAAGAAAUUCCAGCAACAGAUUUUGGCUCAGCAAAAGAAAGACCUGGCAACCUUUUUAGAAAGUCAGAAGAAACAAUACAAGCUUUGCAAGGAAAAGAUUAAAGAGGAAAUGAAUGAGGACCACAGCACACCGAAGAAAGAGAAGCAAGAAAGAAUAUCCAAACAUAAAGAGAACCUGCAGCACACACAGGCUGAAGAGGAGGCCCAUCUUCUCAGCCAGCAGAGACUCUACUAUGACAAAAACUGCCGUUUCUUCAAGAGAAAAACGAUGAUCAAGAGGCACGAGAUGGAGCAGCAGAACAUUCGGGAGGAGCUGAACAAGAAGCGGACCCAGAAGGAGAUGGAGCACGCCAUGCUGAUCCGGCACGACGAGUCGACACGCGAGCUGGAGUACAGGCAGCUGCACACACUGCAGAAGCUGCGCAUGGACCUGAUCCGUCUGCAGCACCAGACUGAGCUGGAGAACCAGCUGGAAUACAACAAGCGGCGGGAGCGGGAGCUGCACAGGAAGCAUUUCAUGGAGCUCCGGCAGCAACCAAAGAACCUGAAGGCUAUGGAAAUGCAGAUCAAAAAGCAGUUCCAGGACACGUGCAAAGUGCAAACUAAGCAGUACAAAGCACUGAAGAAUCACCAGCUGGAAGUAACUCCAAAGAGUGAGCACAAGACAAUUCUGAAGAGUCUGAAGGAUGAGCAGACGAGGAAGCUCGCCAUCCUGGCAGAGCAGUAUGAGCAGAGCAUCAACGAGAUGAUGGCCUCACAGGCGCUACGGCUGGACGAGGCCCAAGAAGCAGAAUGCCAAGCCCUGAGACUGCAACUCCAGCAGGAGAUGGAGCUGCUCAACGCGUACCAGAGCAAAAUUAAGAUGCAGACAGAAGCACAGCACGAGAGAGAACUCCAGAAGCUGGAGCAACGGGUGUCACUGCGCAGGGCACACCUUGAACAAAAGAUCGAAGAGGAGCUGGCUGCCCUCCAGAAGGAACGCAGCGAGAGGAUCAAGUUUCUGUUGGAAAGGCAGGAGCGAGAGAUUGAGACGUUUGACGUGGAGAGCCUGCGGAUGGGCUUUGGGAAUUUGGUCACAUUGGAAUAUCCCAAGGAGGACUAUAGAUGAGAUUGGGUUUCUUUGCCAUUAAAAAAAAAAAACAAAACAAAAACCAACAAAAAAAAACCAACAACAAAAACAAAACAAAACAAGGAUAAAACUUGCAAACCAACAUUCCCCAUGUUACGGGCGUGCUCUCUCUCUUUCUGUCUCUCUUACUGACAUCGUGUCGGACCAGUGCCUGUAAACCCCACUCCAUCAGGGGCCCCUUUCCCCCUCUGUCAGCUCCUGGUGCAGGACAGCUCCUGGCGGUCUUUUCCAUAGUAUGUCACAGUAUUGAUGUCUCUGUGCAAUGAUUAAAAAUGUUUCAGUGAAAACUUUGGAGACAGUUUUAAUGGAGAAAAAAAAAAAAAAAAAAAAAAGUGGAUGUAUGUUGCUUUUGAGCAAUCACUCAUUUUACCACCAAUCAAUGGAAAGUACAAGCAAAAAAAAAAAAAAAAAAAUUAAAUAAUAUAUAUACGAACCCAGGGGGAGAGAGACUAAAUCCGCAGCCUUACCUUAACUAGCUGCUGCAUAAUUUUAUUUUAUUUUUAUUUUUUUGGUAUUUAUUCAUCAGGAAAAAUUAAAUAAUAAUAAUAAUAAAUAAAAAAAUUUUAUUAAAGAUUGAAAAAUUUGAUACAUUUUACAGGAAAAAAAAAACUUAAUCGUGAUGUACAUAUCAGUGGUGACAUAUUAUUACUUUUUUGGGGGUGGGGAGGGGUGGGGCAAAGCUCUGAUGAUUUUUAGAACCAUGCUGGGGGGGGCAGGGACAGCCCUGGCUCCUCAGCAUAUUCUUGAUUGUAUCAUAAUCAUUUUCUGCUGUCGCAGAGAAUGUGAAUACACUUAAAUGAGCCCACAGGAUCCCAGUAGCACAAAUUGGGCUUUGUCAAAUCAUGUAUUUUGUGUAUAGAAGGAAUUUAAGGAGAGCUUUUACUUAUUUUCAUAUUGUAUUUUAACUGUUUCUCUGAUCAAAAAUUUUUUUACUUCUUUCCCCCUUCCCCUCCUGCUCCCACCCACCCCUCCCCACUCUCCGGUUCCGUACUUGAAGUCCAACACUGUCUGUCAGAUCAUCCCCAGCCCUUUUUUUAUUUUUUCCUUCUUUUCUUUUUUUCUUUGUUUUGUUCCUCCCCCGAGUCCACCCCCAACCCCAUGAUCUUCGUCAUAAAUAUUGCAUUAUUCACACUUUCAAACUGUGUAUUUUCUUACAAUAAAAAGAUUAAAAAAAAAAGGUUUUACUUCUUUUGCAUGCACUUUAAAAAAAAAAAAGUAAAACAAAAAUAUUAAAAAAAAAAAAAAAUUACUAAAAAGAAAAACAAAACAUUUUUCAGGUUCCAAGGAAGAGCAUGAGUAACUGUCAGAGCUUUUAAUUAUAUUUGUAAAUAAAAGUGUUCAUCACAAUGCCUUGCUGUCUCAUUGCGGGAAGGGUGAAGUGACCCCUCUGCUGCCCCCUCUGGAGGGGAAAAUGUCCCUCAGCCCGUGCCAGGGUGCCUGGAGGGACCGAUGGGGCUUUGUUCCAAACCUGUUUUUUCUGACAGUGGAGGUUUGUAGGUUAAUGGGUUGUGGUUUAUUUCCAGCCUGAGAUGGCCCAAGAGGGAGCACAGGAAGUACAGCUGGCCAAGGGUGUCUCCACCCACCCCCUGCACUUCAUCUGGUGGAUCUUGGUCUUAAAUAACUGGGGAUGUUUACAGCAGGAUUGAUGGGUUUUCAGGAAAUGUUUUAAUGGCUGGGCUGAAAAAAACUACCCUGGGGCAGAACCCAACCACCUUGCUUCACAGGAGUCACACCUGUUUCUCAGACCACUUCCAAGAAAGCAGCUUAAAAAAGGGGAACAGCUUCUAGUUCCAUGAAGCAGAAUUACCUUGGAUUCAUUCUUUUUUUAACCUUUUAAAGAUGUCAGACUGCCCCAAAGGUUCAUUUUCUGCUUACGAGACACCACCAGACCUCACUGAGAGCUGCUGGAGGAUCAGCACAACAGGAACCUUGCAGCUGGGCUGGUAACUGCGUUCAGGUCAGUAAAGGUGGGGGUGGGUGCCUCUCGCAGGAGCUGAAACUGGGGUUCAGCAGUGAGGGGGCUCCUGCAGAGCAGCUCCUGGGGGGUGGAGGGAAGGUCCCAGGGGACAGACAGGGACAAGCUCCUGUGCCAGCUGCCCGACAGGUGACAGCAGGGUUUCAGGGGAUAAAUUACCCUGUGGAGAGACAGUUGCUUCAGAAACACCCUCUCACUUGCCAGAGCCAGGCUGCCAGCACUCCGCUUGCCACGAACCUUCACUGUGACAGCAAGCAGCACCUCAGGGUGAGAAGAUGUGUGGUGGCACACAGAAGGUUGGAUGGAAAGAUGGAGCUGUGUUCUGGAGCAGCAAGUGUUUUGGGCUGUACUAUGGGGAAAGGGGAGCUCCUGCCCAGCCUUCCAACAGGAGGGGGAAAGGCACUGAUGACACCGUGCUGCUCCUGCAGGCACUCCUCACCCAAGAAGACAACACCACCAUUCACGUGGGUAAGUUUUUAAUUGCACUGUGAGCAAACAGAUCAGGUCACAACAGAACAAAAUGAAGUGGUCUCAGCUUAGAGUGGCAACAGAGAACAAUUAAGUAGUGCUACAAACCAGCUUCCUGCCUCCUCCCACCCACUACCCCAUCACUACUUUAGUGGUUCUCCUCAGUGAAGAGGAGGCACUGGCCAAAUACUUGAGGGUAAAAUUAAAAAAAAUGGGAGCUUCCCUUAGACUGCCAUCCCUUCUUCUGGAAAGGGGAGACUGCACAGCCAACACCACCCCAGCAGUGGUUCUGUGCCCUCACCACUGUCACACAACACAGCUUCACUACAGCAGGGACACAAAUUCACAAAGGCUCUGGUUUCCCCUACAGCCCUGCAGCCUGGAGGGGUGGCCCUCUGAGGACACCGUGUCAGAAGCUUGUCUGAUGGUUGCCUGUAGCAACAUCAGCCUGCAGGAGCACAGCACAGGUCUGGACCACCACCAACAGCAAAGCAGGGACAGGGUUCCAGUCCCAGU